GAAAUAUUAAUACUUUUGCGCAGUGAAUCUAUUUAAACUUUUACAGUUUCCUUAAAUUUCUGAGAUAUAUUACAUAGCUUAAUGGAAUUUUAUAUAGUAUUUGUCGACGCAGAUUGAGACUCUUGGAGGCAGAGGUAUUGCUAAUUGGAGUAUUAUCUGGGGUUUACAUGGAUCAUUGAGACAUUUUGUUGAAGAAAUUAUGGACGUGGAUAACGAAUUCGAUCAACAUUUGCUGCAUCAAUUCAGCUGCCUGGGUACUACAGACAAAGACGACCUGGUGAAGCAGCUUCAAAAAUUACUAGCCGGCAGUCAUCUUAAUGAAGCGACUGCUACGUUCUUUCUCGACAUGAACAACUGGAAUCUUCAAGCAGCGAUAUGUAGCUAUUUUGAUUUUGAGUCACCAUUUAAAUUACCCUGCAUGACUCUGCUCUGCGAUUCAACAAUUGGCGAAGGAGAAUCUAUUCCACCCAAUACUAAAUUUCGCAAGUCUUGGAAGGUGCAGAACAGUGGCACCGAGGCAUGGCCUGAGGGAAUAUACUUACAACACACAGGAGGAGUACAGAUGGGAGAUUGGACGAGGGUGGCUGUGCCUUCUUUAGCACCUAAAGAUAAUACGGAAAUUGGAGUGGAAUUAACGAGUCCUGCUGAAUUUGGAGUCUUUCAAAGCAAGUGGAGGAUGACUACAACCAAUGGUUCCUACUUUGGAGACAUUAUUUGGGUGAUAAUAACAGUUAGCGAAACAGGUACUUUGGCUGUUACCCAACAACUUCAUCAAUUAAGUACUUCACAAUCUAAUGACGUCCAAAUGUGCUAGCCCUUGUCUUUGUCAUCAGAGGGUUUCCUUUAAACAAUUUUCCAGAUAGUCUCACUUACUUCGCUCUUUAUCCAUUAAUGGUUGAGUUGCAAAAAGAAAGGGAAUAUCUUGAAAAUGAUUAUAAUUAAGAAUACAUUGUCCCUCUUUCUAAUAAGUUCUCACUAGGAAUGAGUACCUAUUAAAAAUGAUAUUGAGAAAGCUCAUUUUAACGAGUCCAGUAGAGCUUCCAACAUCUAUACAAAUGCAACAUUAAAUCCUUCUGGAAUUAAUUGUUCAUUUGAAUAUUUACAAGGAAGCUGUCUAUGGUAAGGUCUUUUAAGGUUGUUCAUACCACUCGGUUAUGUAUUGCGAAUUCUCUUUGUUGACCUUAAAGUAGUACAAAGAAUAAACAAACUGCUUUGUAA